AUGUCAAGCCUUGACCAGAUAGUCAAAGGAGCUCCUCCACCAGGAACGUCCGUCCAACCACCGCCAACAACUCCAAUCACCAAAAUCGAACCCACGACCAGUCUCGCCGAUCCUCUCGCGAACCUCCCAUCCUCACCUCCUCAAAUAUACCUUAACCUCCUCAUCCUCGAAGCCUCCCUGCGAGCGCAAUGGCUUCAGCUGCGCACCCGACGACGACAACAUACAUUCUUCCUGACUUUGCUGGCGAUAUGGAUGUCUUAUUUUACAUACGCGCUGUUUCUUCAGCCUAGAGAAGACGGGAAAGGCGUUGGAGGUUCGGUAUAUUGGGUCGUGGAUGUGACGGAGAAAGUGUGCUUUAUUGGAGGGAUAGUCACAUCUGCUCUGGUCUGGGGAACGGGGACGUGGGCACGAGGCAUAAAAUGGCCACGAAGAUGGGUAUAUUUGACGAAUCGAGGGCUCCGUGGAUUCAAUUGCAAGCUGGUGGUGAUCAAGCAGCCAUUGUGGCGGGAGGUGCUUUCCACGAUAUCAUUUCUAUUUUCAUACGGCCUGUUUUCGGGUAGCAGCGGGAGUUCAUAUCGUUUCGUGGGACAUAACGCGUUGAAAGAAUCGGAGAAAGUACAAGGAAAGAACGCUCAUCACGCUCUACCAAACAUCAGUGAAGACGAUGAAGCUGGACACGAGGAGGAUCUAGCACCAGGAGGAGACUAUAUCAAGCUUCUCCUCCUCCCCAAACCAUUUUCCCCAAGUUUCCGAGAAAACUGGGACAACUACCGGUCCGAAUACUGGGAAAAAGAAAACGAACGGCGCGCCCACCUCCGCAAAAUCAUGAAAGCACGCGACCGAAAACUCGCAAAAGAGCAAGGCGGAUGGCUCUGGUGGACCGGCUACCGCGGCUUCAACAAAGGCAAAACACACGAUCCCGAAAAACACCAUACCUCUCAAUCCUCCAUCCACAGACACAGCUCCCUCCUCGAAAAAGACCACAAGCGUACACGUAGCAGCAGUGUCCGCGCUGGCUCUCAUUCCCGAAACUCCUCGCGCAGCUCAACUCCUGUCCUUGAAGCAGAAGAUGCCCAACACGCACCCAGCCAUGUUCGUAGAGGUAGCAACUCCUCUGUCAAUUCGGAGCGCAGGAGGAAGAAGGUCACAGCGACAGGGACGAAGGGCAAACUCUCGCCUGCGGGGUCGAGGAGUGCGACGCCCGAGGUAAGGUCGCCGCUGGCUCGCGAUGGCAGUUUUACGAGCGUGAGUUCGGUGGAGUUGGAUCGGCCUGGGACGCCGACGGCGGCGGGUGAGGGGGAGAAGGAGAGACUGGCGGGGGUUAGGGGGAAGAGACCUGCGGGAGAGAGGAAGGGGAGUAUGGGGAAAGGGGGGAAGUAG